CCUCACCUGUCUUGCCCUGUCUCGUCCUCUUCACUCAGACGGUCAGACCUCUCCACACUUUGGCUCCAAUGGCCGAUUCGCCAAACCCUAGCUCCGGGGACCUCCCCGCCGGCUCCGGGGGCUCGCCGGAGAAGCCGGUCCUGGCGGAUCGGCGCGUGGCGGCGCUCGCCGGCGCCGGCGCCGGGGCGAGGUACAAGGCGAUGUCUCCCGCGCGGCUGCCGAUCUCGCGGGAGCCAUGCCUCACCAUCCCCGCCGGGUUCAGCCCCGGCGCCCUCCUCGAGUCCCCCGUCCUCCUCAACAACUUCAAGGUUGAACCCUCUCCAACAACUGGUACUCUGAGCAUGGCUGCGAUCCUCAACAAGAGCACUCACUUGGACAUACUGCCUUCACCUAGGGAUAAAUCAGCUGGCAGUGGCCAUGAAGAUGGGGGUUCUCGGGAUUUUGAAUUCAAGCCUCAUCUCAAUUCUCAGUCAGUGGCUCCUGCUGUCAAUGAUCCAAAUCAUCGUGACACUUCUAUGCAAAACUAUACCUUAAACCAUGCCACAUCAUCUAGCAAUUUGAUGACUGAGAGUAAAUCUCUCUGCUCACGGGAGUCGACUCACACAGCACUUGUUUCAAGUGAUCCGAAACCUCUUGCAAUAGUUGGUCCAUCUGACAACAUGCCUGCAGAAGUUGGUACAUCAGAGAUGAAUCAAAUGAAUAGCUCUGAAAAUGCUGCCCAGGAGACACAGUCUGAAAAUGUAGCUGAAAAAUCAGCAGAGGAUGGCUAUAACUGGCGCAAAUAUGGACAGAAGCAUGUCAAGGGAAGUGAAAACCCUAGAAGUUAUUACAAGUGCACACAUCCUAACUGUGAAGUUAAAAAGCUUUUAGAGCGUUCGCUUGAUGGACAGAUUACUGAAGUUGUUUAUAAAGGGCGUCAUAAUCAUCCUAAGCCCCAGCCUAAUAGGAGGUUAGCUAAUGGUGCAGUUCCUUCAAGCCAGGGUGAAGAAAGAUAUGAUGGUGUGGCGCCUGUUGAAGACAAACCUUCAAAUAUUUAUUCCAACCUCUGUAAUCAAGUACAUUCAGCUGGCAUGCUUGAUCCUGUACCGGGUCCAGCUAGUGAUGAUGACGUUGAUGCUGGAGGCGGAAGACCCUACCCAGGGGAUGACACUAAUGAGGAUGAUGAUUUGGACUCGAAACGCAGGAAAAUGGAAUCCGCUGGAAUUGAUGCUGCUUUGAUGGGUAAACCAAAUCGCGAGCCCCGUGUUGUUGUACAAACUGUCAGUGAAGUUGAUAUAUUGGAUGAUGGGUAUCGCUGGCGCAAGUAUGGGCAGAAAGUAGUGAAAGGAAACCCCAAUCCACGGAGUUACUACAAAUGCACACAUAUGGGAUGCCCGGUCAGGAAGCAUGUUGAGAGAGCAUCACAUGACCCAAAGUCAGUGAUCACAACAUACGAAGGGAAACAUAACCAUGAAGUCCCAGCUUCCAGGAAUGCAAGCCAUGAAAUGUCCACAGCUCCCAUGAAGCCUGCUGUGCAUCCUAUUAACAGCAACAUGCCGGGCCUUGGUGGCAUGAUGAGAGCAUGCGAUGCAAGGGCCUUCACCAAUCAAUAUUCUCAGGCAGCCGAAAGUGACACCAUCAGUCUCGACCUCGGUGUUGGUAUCAGCCCGAACCACAGCGACGCAACAAACCAAAUGCAGCCUUCGGUUCCAGAACCAAUGCAGUAUCAAAUGCAACACAUGGCUCCUGUUUACAGUAGCAUGGGACUUCCAGGAAUGGCAGUGGCAACAGUACCUGGAAAUGCAGCUAGCAGUAUGUAUGGUUCCAGAGAAGAAAAAGGAAAUGAAGGGUUUACUUUCAAAGCUGCACCAUUGGAUCGUUCAGCUAACUUAUGUUACAGUAGUGCUGGUAACUUAGUGAUGGGUCCAUGAAUGUCUCUACUGAUGGUUAUACCUCCAUGAAUCACAUAUCACCGUCGUCAUGAAGAUCUCUUCAGAAGCUGCUUUACUGUGUAUCAUAAUUGAAUUGGAGGCGGUCAAAGGUAUACCUGGGAGCUGCAGCGAUUACACAGGAGGUCGUUUGCUGUUUGGAUGUACUCGCUGUAUGUGACGCUGCAGCUCAACAUUCGUUGUACAGCAAACCAGUUAUGAUUAAUUAGAUUAUGAUAAUUUGGCUAUGUAAACUUCUUUCUGUACUGGAAUAUGGGAUAGAACCAAAGAGCUAUCCGGUGGCAAAACCUUGUUAUCUUCUGCAUAUGAACGAUGCCAGUUUGAUAUUCAUAUGGAAUGAAAUAUAUCAUUUCAAUUAUGUUUA